AUGGAAGGUACCACAAUACCAUUUUCUCAAAAUAAUUCAAACCAAGAUGUAAAUUCCCCACUUUAUAAAUUCAUUGAAGGCCAAGCAAAACGGUUUGAAGAGAUUGGGAAUAAGAUGAGCUUGCAAUUACACACAUUGUAUCAAGAAUGUAGUAAACAACAAAUCGAAACUUUAGGAAAGAAUUUAGACGAAUUUGAAAAUGUUUGUAAAACGUAUCGAAAACAAAUCGAUUAUCAAUCAGAGUUAAUAGAUUAUCUAAUAGCUCGCAUCGAAAAUUUAGAAAUUCAUGCAAGCAAGAGAAACCAAGAUGUUAGAAAACUUCGAGAGGAUUUUAAUAUUUUGGUCGAAUUGAAUAAAUUAUCUAUAGGAAAUACUUCAUUAAAUGAAAUUGAAGAUAUGAGAGGGGGGGAUGAAGGUUCGAAAUUAAGAGAUAACGUUGAAAACGAUGAGUAUGAUUUGAAAAGAUUGGAGACAACUCACGAUGAAUCAGCAUAUGACUCCCCUUUAUACUCUACGAAUAACCUUUCCUCCUCUUCUUCACAAGUUAGUUUCAAUGAUCAAGAAUUUCAGGGAACUAUUUCCAAACUUGAAGAUAAUUCUUUGACGACCGUUGAUUUAAUUCGAUAUACGCAGACGAGUAAAUAUAAAUCGUUAGAUAGCCUAACUCAACGCUUAAUAAAAAUCCUUAUCAAAGGAAAGUUAUCAGAAGAAAAUUUUCGUUCUCUAAGAUCGGUAAAUAAUCCUACCAAGAGUUUGUUAUCAAAAGAAUCUGAUCAACGAGACGAAGAAGAGGAAGCUAAAGUCGAAGAAUCACCAAUGCUUAAUAAACCUAUUGCCACUUCUUCUCAAUCUUCUCAAAAAGAUCAAGAUACUACCCCAAUGCUUCAACAACUUCAUUUUCAAAUUCAAAAUAUAAUUGCCAAAAGAGUCAAUGGUCAAAUUAAAUUAAGAAGUCUCAGGUUUUUAAAUGUUUCCUUUACAACGAAUGAACUUAUUCAAUACACAAAUACUAAUGAUUUUAAAUCUUUAAACGUACAACCUAAAAGUAUAGUAAAUACCUUUAUUAGAGAUCUAUUAAUGAGAGAAUUUAAAAUGAACCCGUUAGUGUUUUUACAAAGUCCAGAAGAAUACAUCAAGAGAGAUAUAAUGCCAAGAUUGCCAGCAGAAUAUAGCAGUUAUACUGAAUAUGCGCAUUCUUUAUCAACGGAACGUCCGGCUAUUUUAAAUGACGAAGCAGAUAAAAAAGCAAAAAAUACUCAUUUAUUUGUUAAACAAUUAUGGAUUAUGAUAAAAAGGAAUGCUAUAUUACAAGUUCGAUAUUAUAAAUCAACUUUAGCUCAAAUUGUAGUUAGUCCUAUCCUAUUUUUGUUAUUGCUUUUUAUUUUACAACGAGCUGAUAAUCGUCAAAGAUUACAUUCAAUCCUUCACCCUUUGCCCUAUUCACUUAAUGGAGUUAACCAUUGUCAAGGACUCGAUAUAACUUCCCCUUGCAUUAAUCUUAUGUUUACUCCGGAUACUGAUGAAAAUCGUGAAAUUUUAUUGAUUUUUGCCAAAAACAAUGAAAGGAGGACGGGAAUACCUUUACCUUUUGAUAAUGUUUCUUUGAAUAUAAGUAAUGAACCAGGUACAACCCUUGGAAUGGUACCUGUAUCAAGCGCUGAUUUUAUUUAUGAUUACACCUUGCAAUAUCCAAAUGUUACAAUGUUUGGAAUUGAAUUCACUACGGUAGAAGGUCCUCCAAAAAAUUAUCGUUAUCAAAUUUGGCUUAAUGGUACUUUAAUGGCGAAUAACUCUGAUGUUUUUGGCGAACAAGUUUUAGCUUUUCAACGUGGAAUCGAUGAAGCUAUAGUGUCUUAUGCAUCAGGAGAAUCAGCAACGAAUCCAGCACCUGCAACAUUUAAUAUCAAUUUAAAAGAUUGGCCAACGGUUCCUCCCAACACAACCAACACAACUUGGUGA